CGCUGGGCCAGUGGCGCGGCCCGUCAGGCACUGCGGUAGGCAGCCCCGGGUCCGGUAGGACCCUGUCCCCAGCAUGGCGGCGCCCAGUGAAGUGGCCGCGGCAGUCCUCGGUGAAGGCGAUGGCGGGGGUUUUGGAUCCUGGCUGGACGGACGGUUGGAGGCUCUGGGAGUGGACCGAGCCGUGUACGGCACUUACAUUCUGGGUGUCCUUCAGGAGGAGGAGGAGGAAGAGAAGCUGGACGCCCUGCAGAGUAUCCUCUCUGCUUUCCUGGAAGAAGAUUCCCUCCUUGAUAACUGUAAGGAAAUUGUGGAACGAUGGUCAGAAACGCAAAAUGUCACCACCAAAGUAGAAAAAGAAGAUGAGGUCCAGGCCAUCGCCACCUUGAUUGAGAAGCAGGCACAGAUCGUGGUGAAGCCCAGGAUGGUGUCUGAGGAGGAGAGGCAGAGGAAAGCAGCCCUGCUGGCCCAGUAUGCCAACGUGACCGACGAAGAAGACGAAGCAGAUGAGAAAGAUGAUCCGGGUGCCUCCACAACAAACAUUGGUUCUGAUAAAUCUCUGUUCCGAAACACCAACGUAGAAGAUGUUCUAAAUGCUCGGAAAUUGGAGCGAGACUCUCUUCGGGAUGAGUCCCAAAGGAAGAAGGAACAGGACAAACUUCAGAGGGAGAAGGACAAACUAGCCAAGCAGGAGCGCAAGGAGAAGGAAAAGAAACGGACACAGAGAGGGGAACGCAAGCGAUAACCUCGGUCACUCUGUUCCUUCCACCCGUGAAUUGAUUGUGCGUCUAUAUUUAAGAGAACUGUGUCUAAUGCAUUUCUCAAAAUUUCCUAAGGCUUUCCCCUUCCGUUUACAUGUGCAAAAGGAAAAUCACAGUCACUUGUAACUACAAAAUGUGCCAUGUUUGGUGGUGUGGGCAAUCAAUUCUAGUUAGUAUCUUUACCAAAGACCUGGAAUUAGGGUAACCUUUCUAUUUUAGUACUGAAAUCCUGUGCUUUUCUGGCUUUUUAAAAAAAGGUCUUCCCUCACUUUGUAUAACUAGCCAGAUUCAGAAAAACAUGAUCAUUCCUUCUGAGAUUAAAAAAAAAAAAAAAGGAAAAAGUGCAAAUUGCUCCUGUGGCAACAUUUGCCUCAAAAUGUAGAGGUUUUUGUUUUGUUUUGAAACAGGGUCUCAUUCUGUAGUCUAGGCUGGCCUUGAACUCAGUUCCUCAGCUUUAGGAUUAUGGCUUGUAGUAGCAGUAUUUUAUGGCAGAAAUAGCUAAUGAAGAGCCCUACCUAGAUCCAGAUUUGAUGCGACAUCAGAUUAGGAAAGUGGAAGAUGGUAUUUGGGGUGAGAUAGAUCUGGGCUCAAACUGUAGCUGUGUUGAGUGCCUACUUAGCACACGAGGCCCUGGGAUUGAUACCCAGUACUGAAGAAAAACUUAACCUAUGGGAGAAUCAAGUAUCUUUUAAAACAGAUAACUCAUUAGGAAGUAUACGUCAAUUUGGGAUAUAAGGUCAUCAUUGUUAGCUAAAUAACUCAUGAGUUCCCUUGAUUCCCCUCUUUAAUCGUGAUUUAUUCUGCAGGUAUGUCCAACCUUUUGAUAUUGUGACAACUUUUUUUAAAACUUGCAAAAAGAUCAUGUUUUAAAAGUAAGUUUAUGAUUUUGUGUAGGCUGAAUUUACAGCUAUCCUCAGCCACAUGUUGGACACACCUGCAACCUGAGUAUUAAGACCUAAUAAUUCCUGGUUUGGAGAAACCGAAGGAAUUACUCUUUUAGAGAAACACGUGAAAUUUUGCUAACACAAGAUAUAUAGUUGGUGGUUAACAAACUUAAAUGAGAGAGUAGACAAACUGCGAGAGUCAAGGAUGAGCAGAGACUCCAUUCCUACUUCUGUCACAGCCACAUCCAGCUGUUAAUAAAGUCCUUCUUUGCUUGACUUUGGGCAACAGCUAUCAAAAGCCUCAAGAGAACAAUUUCUCUAACAAAAUACAGUAGAUAUUUUAUACCAGGGGUUAGAAGACUACCACUCACAGGCCAAGUUUUGCCCAGUAUUUUUUUGUAUGGGGCAAACUAAAAAUUUUUUUUACAUUUUUAAAAGAAAGACAUUCAUGACUGAGACCAUAUGUGGCCUAUAAAACUUAGUAUUUACUAGUAUUUGGAGAGAGUCUUCUGACUUGAUUUUGUAUCAUUAGCUACCUGUGUGCAGAAGAAAAAGCAAACAUGGUUAAGGAAAGGAGAUAGUGCUACCUCUUUAUCCUACAACCAUGGCACUGCAAAAAUAACCACCCUUUUUUAAAAUAAACUAUUUAAUUCAG